CUUGGUGUUCGACAGAAAAAAAACAUAGAAUUAGGGCCGAGAAAAGGGAUUAACAAAACAUGUCCCGCUCUCGGCCUUGUAAAAAACUUACAUCACAACAAAUACCAGUAAUUUGUGCAACAGUUCUGCUGAUUGGAACCACAGCGUUGUUCUUCGUUUUCGUGUGAGUCGGAGGGUUUUGUGUGUUUCGAACUCUGAUUGUGCCCACGCCGAGAAAACUUGCAGGCUUUCACUUGUCUCUGUCUUACUGGGUUUUUUGCUUUCAGAUGCCCUUCUUUGGCAGUGGAAUAUACAAUUGCGAUCCCUGUGUAUGAAGGAAUCCUAACUCUAAUAGUCUUAUCCAGCUUCGCGAAUGCUACGUUCAGGGAUCCCGGUAUAAUUCCAAGAGGUAGGGAAGCGAGAUAACUUUUUGCUAAUAUACACAUUCGGUAGUCUCACUCAGACUUCUAAAGAGGCAACCGCUGAAGAUCAUGUUUAACCGCAAUUUAUUUAGCGUUGGUUAAGAAAGCACCCCUCUAGAGCUUCUCAAGGGGUGAAGAACUGAUCCUACGAUUGGUUUAUAGUUGGAGUGGAGUUGUAUGGAAUUUUAGUUGCUGUGGUUGUUAUCAGACAUCGCAGCUGUUUCCUCGACCGGUUUUACUUUGUGUAUUUUUGCCUGUCUACCGUCUGUAUUUCUGAAUACAAAUUGCUUAACGAGGGAAUUGUUUAGCAAAUCUUGUCACUGAUCUGUAAUGAAGCCGAAUUAAAAUCAGGGAUUUUAAAUUUUCCCAGAAAAGAGAAAUAUGUAUAUGUAUAGCAAGAGGUCAAUAUUAUCCAGAGGUAUUCAAAAAACUUGUGUUUAAGCGCAGUCAUUGUUGAUCAAUGCCGUGAUUCUCCUAACUUUUGGCAGAUAGCGUGAUUAAGGAAUUAAUUUAGUUAAACUUGUCUUAUGCCUAUAAAAUAUAUAAUUUUGAUAAUGUGUUACUUCAUUUACCAGUGAAAGCAACUCCAAAACAUCAACAAUUCAUCUUAAAACACUAUUUUUUUAAAGGCUGAAGUUUGCUGCUACAAGUGCUAAUAAUGAGUUUUAAUUUAUUUUUAUUGUUGUAUGGCCUAAUCCGUGAGUAAGCAAGGUAAAGUGAAUCCUGUGUUCCAAUUGGCAAUCCGAGUGGGCAAAAUGGGUCCUUCUUGUCCCUCAGGAUUUCCUGCAUUGGGCACACAAGGAAAAAAAAAAUUUUUUCUGAUGAUUUCAGAGAUUUAAGCAACAAUCACAUUUUGAUUCUGAUCAAAUUUAAUGAUGCAAUGUUAUUGUUGUGCAAAUUAUCUGCCACAAAGAGUACUGCAUGUUCAGAGUUGUUUUGCUCUUUGCUUCUGUUGUCAUGGUUUUUCUUGCUCAAGCUUGCUUGUAGUAUUACCAUGCAAAAAAAUUCGUAAUGUGCAACAAUUUUUUUGAUGAACCAACAAUUUGAUGGAAAACAUGCAACAAAAACAAUGUCCUCAGGUGCCAAAGGAUUGGCUCACCUUUACUUUUGCAAAAGCUUCUCCAUUUUCAAAAUGCAUGAACUUUUAUAACAUUUUAAAUUUUUUAGAUGAAUAAUCCAUAAUCUGCAACCAUUAAGCUUUAAAAAAUGCAUGGUUUUUAAGGGUAUCUACAAUGUAGCAUGAUCUGCACAAAGAUGGUCCUGAAGGGUGGAUGAUACCUGUUGUGAAUGUUUAUGCGGUUGUGGUGAAUUGGUAAUUAUGUAGUAAUGCAUUGUCAAGGAUGCCACAUUGAACUCUUCUACAUUGAAACAUAGAGUUAAACCUCUCCACAACUGCCACCUUGGGGACAGAAGAAAGUGGCCAUUGUAGAGAGGUGACCAUUGUCAAGAGGUUUAAACAAGUCAGUCAAUGUAUACCCUGCGAGCAGCAGUUACAUUUUCGCUGUGUGAGCUGUUGUGCAAAAAGUAGCCUCUGCCGACAGCCGUUCAAGUUUCUAUCGUGCAUGUGCAAAAUUCAUCAUGUGAUUCGCGACAGAUUCACAAGCAACGUUAAUCGUCAGGUCUGCCGUCAAAUGGCACGAGUUUCGUGGGAAUAAAAAAAAUUGCGACAACUCUAAUUCAUGCAAGAUUCGUGCAAUGCUCUAAACCUGUCAAGAACAGGAAAAAACCCGGUUUUUUUAAUCUAUUCGUCCAGAUUUCUGGACGGAUUUGAACAGUUGUUGGGAAGGGCUACUUUUCGCACAACAGCUCACACAGCAAAAAUGUAGCCUCUGCUCGCAGGGUAGUCAAUGUAUGGACUGUCCACCAAAAAAGUGGCCAUUGUAGAGAGGUGGCCGUUAGUGGGGGUUCAGCAGUUACUCUACUUUGUAAAUUUAAAACUGGAAAGUGUUAUUUGUUUUCAAGUUAAAUCAUGGCCUUACAAAAAUUGUUUUUAAAAUUUACCUUAACAAAAGAAAAAACAUAUCUGCGGUACCCAAAAAAUGGCCAGAGUUUUUAAACCAUCAGUAGCACCAGCUUUUUUAAAUGAGUUAAUCUAUUCAUGAAUGUAAGCUUCUCUAGGCCUCCUUGUCAUUACCACUUUAAUGUGUUAUAAAUUUCUGUGUAUUGUUGUUGUACAGUUGGCUCCCGAUAACUCGAACCUUUGAGGGAAUCGAAAAAGGUUCGAGUUAUUGGGAGCUAAAAAAAAACAGCCAGGAGUAAGGAAAAAACAGUUUUUACUGCAUAGUGAACAUUUUAAUCACAUUUAAUCCGCCAUACAGAAAAAGAUGGUGGCUGAACAUUUUACUACAAUUCCUUUCGAACGUAACAUGGCCAAUUACACAUAAAGUCAUAUUUUGGGGGGGCAAAAUUCAUCCCUGUAAUAGCAACAUUGGCUAUCCUAGGUUUGAAGUUUAUAAAACUUUUCUGUGUGUUUUUAUGAGCAAUUUUAUGGUUUUUAUCUGCUAAGAACUGUGGGUAAAUGUACCAGUCACCAUCUUUUUAGGUACGGUGGAUUGUAGAAAUGUCAAGUGAAAAUUAAAAGAUACUUCUAGAUUAAAUCAGAAUGUAACAUAACAAAACAUUGCCUAAAUAGAGCAUGCAUUUUACUGUUUUGAGAAGUAAAGCUGUUUCACGUUAGAUUUGUGACAAACAACAUCAGCCUCCAAUAGUAAACUAUAUGCCUACAACACGUCAAUGGGAAAUUCAAAAUUCAAUGCUUGGGAAGCCAACAGACUGUUUUUUACCGACUUUUAAUUAAAUUAAAAAGGGCUCAAAACAUGGUUCGAGUUAUCGAAUGUAAAAUUAUAUAGAAAUGAUCUGAGGGGAAACAAAAACUACUUCGAGUUAGUGGGAUGUUCAAGUUAUCAAGGGUUUGAGUUAUCGAGGAUAAAAUUACAGUAAAUGUAUGACAGAAAUCCAGGGGAAAUUGAUUUUGGUUCGAGUUGGCGCAAGGUUUGAGUUGAAGAGGGUUCGAGUUAUGACGAGUCAACUGUAUUUGUAUGUUAUGGCAAAAAUAAAAUGAAAUGAAAGGGAUUGACAUUGACUUAUCCAAGUGAAGUUGAAUUUUUAUUCUUACGUAUUGAAUUCUGGGCUCAAAAUUAACGUAUUUAUUUUGGUUAACAGUAUAAUACAAUUUUUUAUUAUUAUUUGUACAUUUAUUCUGCAUCCUUCCUAGAACUGAGAAUGUGUCUUAUUUGUAUUUUCGUUUGGCAAGUUUCAAAGUACAUGGCAGAGCUUGCGUAAACUUAUGUCAUUUAACAGCUAAAAAUAUUGCAACCCACACGUUGCAACUGUAAACCCAAUUUUAAUGUCAGUAGGUCAUAUUAUUAAAAAUAAUUCAUAAGAAUACAUAAUUUUAUCAUUUCAAGGGGUUGAUAUCCCAUUUUGUAAUGAUCCUCUUAUGUGAAUCCUAUUUUUCUUGUUUAUUGGCAAAAUAUCUUAAAGUCUUUGACUGUUUUGAGAAAGGAUGAAUGGUAUUAAUGAAUAAAGAAAAAUUAUUCUGGAGUACAUGUAUAUCCCUUUAAGAAAACUGGACAACAAUUCACUAAUCAUUGCAGGCAAUUUUAACAUGUUUAAUGACUUACAUUUCCUCUGUAGGCAUUUGGUUAUGUAUUAAACACUGACAGAGUGUAUGUAUCUGAAAUCAGUAUUUUAUAGUAUUUUAAGAACACAAGUCAGCUGUGUCCUGGUUAGCUUAAAUUUUUUUUGAAUCAUUGGCAAUUGAAAUGAACACCCUUGGGCUACCCAUAUCUAUACUGUCUCUGAUAUAUUUUGCUUUUGAAGUUAACACAGCAUACAUACGUACGCUCAAACAUGUGUUGUGGUUUUAUUUUGUCUUUGGUACAAAUUUUAUUUUCCUCUGUCUUUGAAUAUAGUUAAAAUAAAGUCAUAAUAUUUGACAAUACAUUUCAAACAAGGGAAAAUAAAAUUUGAAUGAAGGAUAUGUUGAAUUCAAACAUAUAUUAUAAAGGAAAGUGAUGGAAAUUUGUAUCUGUGUUGAUGACAUUGAUUUUAUAGAUUGGCUUCAUGUAAUUAUGUAAUAAAAGUUUUUCUAUUCAAGACAAGGCAGAUAUUGGUAAUCUUUGAAACAAAUGUGAAUCAUGUGUGCAAUUAAUGGAAACCAAAUUUCUUAUUUUAUUGCUGGAAUGCUAAUGAAAUGCAAAAUUUUUUUAUCAGACUUACAAUGUUAAAUUACUUACAAACUCCUUUCAGAAAGCUGCACACAAAAAUAUGGAUUGAUUUGAAUAGUACUUACAGUUUAAAAAGCCAUCUUGCACAUGUAAUUUGAUCCCAUACAUGUAGUCAGUUCUUAGUACCUUUUCUCCUUCUUAACCUGUCUAUUCCUGUUUAUUUUUUGUUGUUGCAAGUAUGAGGAAAUUCAGAAACUGAAAAAUGAUGAUAUGCUUUGGUGGGAAUAAAAAUAGAAUGAUAUAUUACUGUCUGCUAUGUAAAAUAAGUUUUAAGAUCAUGUUGGUUAACUUUCAGAGCAGUAUUUAGCCAUAAUUUAGACCUUGCUGAUCAUUUACUAGAAUACCAUAAAUGGUGUUUACUGCACCUGCAGUGGCAGACCUAGGGAAGGGACACAAGGCAACCCCCUCCCCCUGGUCAAGUUUCUGACUGAGAUGAUUUGUUUUGGUCAGAGAGCUGCCCCCACUCCCCCCACUUUACUUCAAGCUCUAUAUCAGCCUUUAAUCUGUGAGAAAUCUUCCUAGUGUUUAGAAGUGGUACCUUUAUUAUUUAUUUUAUUCAUUUAUUUUCUGGGUAAAGCAGGGAGGGGGUUGUACAAGAAAAAGAUUCUUGGUUCCCCUGUGAGGUGCUCUCCCUGCCCAUUUCCAUAACCCUUGACAGCAGAGACACACUUUCUAGUAGAUUAAGGCCUGGUUCUAAAUCAUUCAUGAUUCUUUCCAACAAUCAUAGUUAAAGCAGCCAAGAGGAGUAGUGGAUGGCUAAUUGAACCAAAAUAGACAAACUAGGAGAAAGAAACUCAGUUUGUAAUUGCCUAAUAAUGUGACUGUCACCAUGCCCUCUGUUGUUUGAAAACUGGAACCAGUGAUUCCCCUACUUGCUGCAGGUCUAGCCCCGGUUUGUGUGUAGCAAAACAUCAACCGUAAAAAGUGUGGUUUCUAGAGUUUUAUUCUUAUGGAUAUAAUUCCAGAAUAUAGUCAAUCAAAUACGCCUGAAGUAAUUAACUCAUAUUGUGGAUUUUACGACAGAAUCAUCAACAGUUGAUCAAGAAGAUGACUUUAGAGUCCCACUGUACAAGAAUGUUGAUAUCAAUGGCAUUACAGUCCGUAUGAAAUGGUGUGACACUUGCAAGUUUUACAGACCACCACGCUGUUCACAUUGUAGUAUUUGUAACAACUGUAUAGAGGUACUGAUGUUUCUUUUUCACCCUGGCUUCCCUUUUAAAACAAACCAUGAAAUCUUAAAUUUUAUAGCUUGCAUAACUGGCUGGAUAAGUGUGGGAUAGUGCUGUAUUGUUUUGGCUGCAAAGCCGCAAGAAGAAUGGGUACAAGUCAAUUUUCCCUCGCGGCCCCCGAUAUCCACUUUCAAAUAAGUCAUUUCCGAGUUGCAUAAACUCUUACUUUCAAAACAAAGCUAAGUACAAAACGUAGCUUUCUAAUGAAAAUGAGUUUUAUUUGCAUGAGAAUAAAAAUACCAUUUUCAGAUCAAUGGCUUUGCACUUAGCCUCUCUUUGAAACAGAGGCUUGGGGCAGAUUGGAAAUGCCUUCUCUCCAGGCUUAUCUCCAUACAAUUCCUUAUCAUUAGUUAAGAGAAUUUAUUUAUUCUCCUUAUGGUGCCCUCUCUUGAGGUAAUGUAUUGAAAAUGUUAGAGGAAAUUGUUGUUGAUCAUUGGAAUGAUAUAUGCUUAUUUGUAAUGAUAUACACAUUAUCGUAACAUGUCUUCAUUUUUUAUGUUCUUCUUCUUUUUCAGAAUUUUGAUCAUCAUUGCCCUUGGGUAGACAACUGUGUUGGCAAAAGAAAUUAUAGAUUCUUUUUUUUCUUUGUUUCUUCCCUCUCCCUUCACAUUAUCUCUGUCUUUGUAUUCUGUUUGGUCUUUGUCCUGGAGCAAUCAGCCGACAUUAAGGAAUCAGCAGUUCCGUAUCCUUUUUGUCAAACAGUGCUCAAGAUUAUAUUUCCCAGUUAGGAAUGAUAUUAUAGGUUUAUAAGAGAUGGGUCAAUGGGCAGCAUUCCAGUUAAUUCUUCCAAGCGGGGGGUCAUGAAGACCAUCUGUGGGGUCACCAAGACCUUUUGUUAUAUUUAAAUUAACUCUUAUAUGUCAUCUGUUGGGUUAGGAAGCCUUCUUUGUCGGGACAUUGACCCGAGACCCAUCUCUUAUCUGGAACACUGGGUUGUGGUGGUCUCUCGUUGUUGGUUUUCACUGGCAACAGAGUCAAGGUUAUAGUCAGAAACACAGGGAAUAAUGCAGGCUCGAAAAAGGUCCCGGCCGUCCAGUUGUCCAGGUUAAUAGUAGAUUUUCUUGCCGGGUAUAAGUAACUUUGUAAUGCUCACUUGCCCAUGUCCAAGGGUCAAGUCAAGCCUUAUCCUAAUUAAGACAUUAACUAAGAGAAGCAGGCAAUGUUCCCAACAGGGAAGCAAGAUGUGAGAGCCACUUGCCAGAGUUUAAAAAAAAAAUGAAUUAUUUUUUAAGGCUUGCCCAAGGGAGAAGCCUUAAAAAAAUAAUUCAAGGUUUUUUUUAGCUCUGUAAUGAGUUAGUGAAAGCAGUGUUCUGAUUCAGCUUAUAACUCUGCUGAUUAUAACCUGGUGAAAACUACAUUUUGAAUUUGCAAGCAGUAGCACUGAGAUAAACAGUAUGGAUCACAAUGCUUGGGAACAAGUUUUUGUUUUCUCCUUUGUUGACAUGGUCAGUGGGAAAGUUACAAUGUAGACUGCUAGAAAGCAUAACAUCUUAUUGAAUAAUUUCGUUCAAGCCGACAAGUGAUAUGGAAAGAUAUUGAGCUCAAGAGGGAAACAUCUUUCCUUUCUAGGCUAGGAUAAUUCAUGUAAUUCUUUAUGCAGAUGGUUGGAUUGAGGUCAUAUAAAAAGUCACCAUGAGUUCAGCUAAAACUAGUUACUAUAGCAUUUUCAGAUUUCUUUAGCACUUACUAUAGUAGGUCUCCUUGACAAUUGACACAGAAUAGCAGUCAUGGUAAUAUGUGGUUUGUCAGCCAUUCCUGUGAUUGGCCUAACAGUCUUUCACAUAGGACUUGUUUCAAUGGGGCGCACAACUAAUGAACAGGUAAAAAGACAGGAAAAUGAAAUUCAUACAACUGUGCAUCAGUCAAUUGCCACAGUAUCUAAAUUCUAUAUGUCCCCCUGGAAUUCUCAGCGGUGAAUAAAACUUUCAGAUUUACUGAAUCAGGAUAACAUACCCUUUGCCAUAUCAUACCCCUGCUUCAAUAUUUUCUCUCUGUACAUUAUAUUUGUGGCCUACAGAACUCAUUGUAAACUCAUUAGAUUGACACCUAGUUUCUUAAAAAAUGAUUUUAAUAAUUUUCUGUUGUUUAGCCAGAUGCUAGUGGGGCUGAGUAAAUGCCUGAAACAAAUAAUUAUUUAAAUUUAACAUACUGUACAUGUAACAGGGUAAAAAAAUCCAAACUGGCCAGAGUCAAGCCAGCUGGUUAAUUACAACCAUGAACAAGGAUCUGAACUCAGAACUACUGAGAAAAAAUCCAGCUGGCGGUCAGGGUGGGACUUAAACUCAGGGCCUCCAAAUUGCAAGUCUAGCACUCUAACCGCUUUGCCACACUGCCUCCUACUUCUGUGUCCAGUAACUUAAGAGUGAGUACAGUCAUGUAUUUAUUGCUCUGUGAUAUUUACUUUCUAGGUGACAGGAAAGUUUCGCAGUGGUCAUAAUCCUUUUGACCAAGGCUGUAAAAACAACUGCAUGGUUACUCUUUGUUCUUCACGGUAUGCAAAGUAAGAAGCAUUUUUUUCUUUUAAUUUCUGAGUCAAUUUGAAAUUCUUGGCACCAGUCGAUUUUAAACUCGCAAGUUCUGUGGAGGUUGUUAUUAGCAAUCCAAUACACCAAACUUUUCCCAGUCCAGGCCACAUAGUUGGAUCAUCUUGUAAGUGAACAAGAUGUUUAGGCGAGAUGGUUUUUAUAAAUAUUAUGUUCCAUCAUUUUUAAAUAUCUUGUAAGCAACCACUUCUUGCAUGGUUUGAUCUCCUAGUUCGCUUUUUGACUACGCAAAUCAGACUAUAACUGUUAGUGACAGUCUAAAGCUAAACAUACCUGGACCUCUAAUUGGAAAAGAACUACUGUGGUUUGAUUCUUGUAAGUAACUACUAAAUCUUCACAUUCUGGGUGGUUGAUUACGAGAGGUUCAACUGUAUUGAAAAGUUCUUAGUAGGAUAGAGAUCAGCAUGAAUUGAUGUGGCCCAGUCAAGAGUUCAAUAGGUUUUUAAUCUGUUGAUUAGUAGAACCAGUAAUCAAUCAAUUUCUGGUACAAACAAAGCCUUUGUAAUCUUUUUUUCUCUCAUUUUUACAUGGGAGUUUCUGCUUCAUCCCAGUCACUCAUCAUGGGGAUAUUUCAAUAUUAAGUAAAGGGAUGCUCUGCAUUUUUACCUGUCAUCUCCCGCUUGUGCUUUUGGCUAGUCCGUGAUUGUUGCUUAGGUUUGGGGAAGCCUAUAGAUUAGGCAGUGGUAGUGUUAUCUGCAUACCUGUUUCUAUCCAACUAAGCCUUUUAACAUUCUACAAUUCUAUUCUAGUAAGUAUAAAAGGGUUACAUAGAGUCAAAACCCUUACAGGCUUGAAUCCACAUGGUUUUCCAGAUUGUUAUGGAAAACAGUCAAUUUUUUUUACCAUAAAAGGAGACAACACUUUCAGCAGCUUAAACAUAUCAUUGUCAGGGAAUGUCAUCCUAUCCCCCCACCCCAAGGAGGCAAGUGUCUUUGGCAGUCAUAUUAUUGAAAAAUAGUGACACAUUUAUUUCCUUGUUCCAAUCCUCCCUUACUUCCAGAAAUAUUUCCUUUGAUUGGCUGUUGAUUCUAAAAUGGUGGCAUAUUUAAAUAAUUUUGUUUACCUAUUAUUUUUAGGUACCUUGGUUACCUGGAAAUGUUAAAGAAGAAAGAGAUUAAGCGAGACAAGAAGAAGCAGAGAAAUAAAGAGAAAGAUAAAGAUGCUAAGGCUAAAACCUCAGUGGAUGGAACAGAAUUAUCAGAAGUUAAAGUUGACGUAACAUCUAAUAAUAAAAGCCAAAAAUUCCAGGUAUAGCCUGCAUGUGUUAUGUUGAUUUUGUAACUGAAUCUUGGUGUGACCACUUCUCAUAGCUGUCCAUCGACCAAUCCAAAACAUAAAAAGUAGUUUUCUAGUGAAACCAGUGAUACCUCUGAUAGGCAACUUGCUGUCACAUGCAACCUUCAUCCUGGCACUGUGUAUAAGCCUUCAACAAACAGUUAUUACUUUACAGAAUUUGUGGUUGCACCAAAGGUCACACUGCUAUAAAUGCCGAUUAGUGACGAUAAAAUUUUUAAUUUUUCCACACAGUUUUUCUUUCUUUUCAUUCUUUUCCAUUUGGUUUAUUUUGUUUUUUUCCAAACACUUUCAAGAGUUCAGUUAUUAUACGUGGGCAAGCAUUAUACACAAUGGUAACUCUUCUGAAACUCUGACCUUCUUUUCAGGAUGGCAUUGAAGAUGGUAGAGUAAAAAAUAACCACCAGGCAAGAGACAAUGAAGGAAGCAGAUCACUGCAACCUGACUCAUUUGCAGCUGCAGUUAAUACUCCCCCACGCGCAUCUGCUAUGUACGUUAAAUCAAGCAUAAAUGGAAGGACAAUAACCAGCAUGAGUCGUGAAGUCACAGUGUAAUAUGUUAUCAAACCAGUACAGGUGCUGCAGAUUUACAGAGCAAGACUUGUUUGUCUUCAUUUAUGUGCUGCCACUCAUGGCAAUCAGCUGGCAAAUUUGGGCUUGCGGUUAUGCAAUCAUAGGGCAUACUUUGUGCUGGAUCAGCUAGGAGGUCGCAAGUCGCUGCUAUCUUCCAUGAUAGAAUCAUAUAUGCUGUUCUCGUUGUUAACAUGGAAAGAUAAAGUGGAUUGAAAACAGUGCGCUGCAAGAGAUAUCUGCUUAUUGAUAACCUUAGUCUGCUGAAAAUAUAGUAGAACAUAAUAAUAAUUAUUAUUGUUCUACCUCUGGUAUCACUUAUUUCCUGAAGUAAAUUAUGUAUUUAAAAAAAGGAUAAAUACCUGCAAAGAGUUAAACUUUUAAUCAUUUUGGUAUUUCUAAGAAGUUAUUGACAAGAGGAUGCCAUAAAGGUGACAUAAAUGCAUGUUAAAAGUUUUUAGUGAUAAUUAAUUGACUACUGGUAAUAAAUUGUAAAUAGUAUUGCUAUUGUACAUAACUCAUGAUAUUAAGAUUGUGCAUGUAAACAUGGUGACUAUAAAGUACAGUAGCUGCUUUUAUGUUUUGGGGGCCUCACAAGUAUGAUAUUGUCCAAGCAUCAAUUUUCAUUUUUUCUUAGAAAGUGGAUUGGGCUAUUGCAUUAUUUUUAAUAUCUGCACUCCCCCUUUUGAGGAACCAUGGAAUUCUCCAGGGAUAAGUUAUAAAAAUUGAGGAUUUCUUUAGGGGUAGAGUAAAAAAAUAUGGAAUUCUUUGGGGGUGAAGCUUUAUUUUCACAAACUUCUUCAGGGGUAAAGCCAUAUUCUUCGGGGGUAAGCCCAUAUUUUUUGGAAGUCUUCAGGGGUGAAUGCAAUUUUAGCUGAUCUUCAGGGGUAAGAAGAAAAGGUAAGUCCUCAACUGGAGGGCC